AUGUCUACUAAGAAGGUUGCAAUUAUAAUCUACACUACUUACGGUCACGUUGCCAAGUUAGCAGAGGCUGAACGCCAGGGGGUUAUCUCUGCUGGAGGUAGCGCGGACAUAUACCUUGUCCCCGAAACCCUUCCCGAGGAAGCACUAAAGGGAUUACAUGCUCCACCAAAGCCAGACUAUCCUGUAGCCACUCCAGAUGUGCUAACUUCUUAUGACUAUUUCUUGUUUGGUAUGCCUACUAGAUUCGGUUCAUUCCCAGCGCAGUGGAAGGCAUUCUGGGACGCAACCGGUGGUUUAUGGGCAAGCGGCGCCCUACACGGUAAGUUUUUCGGUAUGUUCAUUUCAACCGGGACCGGUGCAGGUAACGAAACUACCAUCUUAAACUCGCUUUCAGUACCCGUUCACCACGGUAUGAACUUCAUUUCGCUAGGCUACAAGAACGUAGCUCAGUAUCUAAGCAAUACCGAAGUAGCACAUGGAGGCUCACCAUGGGGAGCAGGAACCCUUGCAGGCGCAGACGGUUCGCGCCAACCAUCGGAGACAGAGUUGAAGGUAGCCGAGAUCCAAGGCCAAACCUUCUUCCAAACCAUCUCAUCUAUUUAG